GGAAGCGAAUCUAACAGCAUGAUGUUUGCACAUCUAUGAAAUGUAAAGCAUUUAGUCAUCAAAUGAUCUAUGGCCCGGGAUGUAUUAUCAUCUGUCGACUCACAGCCCAGUCAUAGAGGGUAAAACAAUGCAAUGCAUUCUAGUUGGUGCACUGUGAUGACAUCACCUCUGGCCCUUACGUUCAGCCUUUGAUUGGGUGUCAACAAGAACCAUGGCCUCUGCCGACCCUUUGAAGCCCGGGUCAGAAGACCGAGAGCAGGUGCGAGUAAAAGACCAAGGUCAGGAGUCACUGCAAAAUCAAAACCACUACUUAUGCGGCUCUAUGGCAGCGUUCGCCAACAUUGCCAUCACAUUUCCAAUUCAUAAAGCAUUGUUCCGCCAGCAGCUGUUUGGGCUGCGGGUGAGGGAGGCCGUGCUUCAGCUUCAGGCCGACGGUUUACGCACUCUGUACCGUGGUAUCCUUCCGCCCUUGCUUCAGAAAAGCAGCACCAUCGCAAUUAUGUUUGGACUCUAUGAGGACUUCUUGAGGUUGCUACAGCUACAUGCUCCUCAUGCCCCUGAGCUGUUGACUCAGAGUGUCGCUGCGGUUUUGGCGGGAACAGCUGAAGCCGUACUAACGCCCUUUGAGAGGGUCCAGACUCUAUUGCAGGACCCUCGGCAUCAUGGGAACCUUCAGAACACGGCACAUACUUUCCGGCUCUUACUGAAGCAACAUGGCAUUCAAGAGCUUUAUCGAGGCAUGGUGCCCAUUUUACUCAGGAAUGGCCCUAGUAAUGCGUUAUUCUUUGGUUUGCGUGGACCGCUGAAGGAACUGCUUCCUGAGGCGGAGACAAAGGCGGGGCAUUUGGUGAAUGAUUUUACGUGUGGGGCGAUUUUGGGAGCGGGGCUCGGGGUUGUGUUUUACCCGCUGAACGUUGUUAAGUCUCAUGCACAAGCGCAGAUUGGAGGGGAGUUUCAGUCUUGCAGAGCGAUUUUGAUGGCGGUUUUGAGAGAGCGGGACGGGAGGGUGAGCCGCCUGUUUCGGGGGGUACAUUUGAACUUCCAAAGAUCCGUUUUUUCAUGGGGGAUCAUAAAUGCUACAUAUGAACUUCUACUGAAAAUGUUCUAGGUUGUAGUAAAAGUAAACAAUUAAAACACAAAAUUAUGGAAUGGGUUCAACGACUUUGUAAUACAGGACACAGAUUUGUACUGAUUUUAUGGUUUCUUUCAAAUUUCUUCACACAAGACAGACAGUCAUAUUGGAAAGAAUAUGUAAAUGAAAAUGAUGACCAAAUUUUAAGUUUUGUUAGAAUUAACAACACAAAAGAAUAUAUUUUGAAGAAUCUUGGUAACCAAACAACAGCGUUACCCAUUCACUUCUAUUGUACGGACACAAAACCAAUGCAAGUCGAUGGGUUUUAAAGUCCAUUAAAAAUACCUCCCUUUUUUCAGAAGAAAGAAAGUCGUACAGGUUUGAAAUGACAAAAGAGUGAGUAAAUGAUGGCAGACUUUUCAUUUUUGGGUGAGCUGUCCCUUUAAAAGUCUCACACAUCAAUGACCUCACCACACUCGGGGUAUCUUGUGUUUUGUUCCCAGCUGUACUGUCAUCUCUUAAAUAGUAAGGUAUGUCAUGUCAGGGUGGGAAAUGCCAUAGUUUACACACUGGUGGCAGUUUUAUUAAGUUUAGCUGAGUUAGCUUUAGCGUCAACGCUGUAGAUUCAAGUCACAAAUUGACGCCUUAAAUUCUACUCCAAGUCAUGUGGAAACCAGUAAACACAUGGGUCAGUUUGGUGUUUGUGGUCUCUGUAGCUUUCAAGUGGUAUCCGAAUCAUCCCUUCUGAGCCAAAAUGUUUCAUGCUUUGAACCCUCUGAAGCUAUAACACAUUAUUUCAGUGACAUAAGCAAUGAUUUGGCCAUGCUUGGAUCAUGUUUCUCAUUGCGCUAAAAGCUUUCUGGAAUCGCUCCCAAAUAUAGUGUGAUUUUUGGAAGGGAAGACCACAGACUGUGAAACGCAAAUUUGGCAAAGUGAUAAUGUGCAGUCUGGAUUAUAUUUGACCUGUGCAAAUGUAAUUCUGUGCUGUUUUGUGGAAUUUAGGUGAUUUUCAGCCUGCUUUGUAUUGUUACAAUGUCGAAAUAACAAACAAUAUUUACUCUUCAUGUUACGUGGACGAAAAAAUGCAUAUUUUCUUAAAAGUACCACAACAAAGCAGGUUGGCAAAGUUACACAGUUUUUUCUUAAAUUGUUGUAAAAAUUAUGCUCUUUAUCUUCGACACGAGCUAAUCUGCCCUAACCAAAAUGGCUCUUCUUGUGACCUCUGGUAUAGUUUAAAGGGGCACAACCUUUUCGUUCAUUGACCCUCAACAGUCAACCCUGUUGUUUAGCUUGAUAUUGUCGAAUGAUAAUUCGGGCCGAAUGUGUGACGAGGGCUUGUAAAGCAGAAUUCUGUUCAGUUCGCACAUCCUUUGUUUAAGGCGCAUGAGUGGCCAUGCAGGGCUGGACCGACAGCCGAUGUGUACAGAGCUGAAUAACUGGUCGCUGUCCACUUCUGCUGUUUGGACAAACCUUGUUUUGUAGAAGAGGGGUUAUAGGUGCUGUCAUUAAAAAUGGACAUGUCAUUAAAAUAUCGUAAGCAAAAUACACUUAAACGAGUUAAAAACACAAUGUUUAAACAACUGCAUGUGCUCUGAGAGAUAAAUAGUUAAAGGGAUGGUUCAGCCAAAAACAAAAAUACAUACUGGUUUUAAAACGUGCAUGAAUUUCCUUCCUCAUUUUUUCCAAACAAUGAAAGUGAAUGGUGACUGAGGCACAACAUUAGAAAGACUUUUUGGGGUGAACUAGUCCUUUAGCAAUUAUUCAUUUUGACCCAUUAUUGUUCUGCCUAUACAGAACAUUCAACCAAGAAAUAUUCCUCAAUAUACUUUCAUUAAAGGCUUCUGUAACAUAUUUUAUCCAUAACUUUUUUAUUUUGUGCUAGCGUUCCUGUAGACGUGAAACGGCAGACAUUUGUUGAGUGUUUCAGCGGCACAUAAACAGAUUUUGUGUUCAGGGACAGAAACAUUCACCUACAAAACUCCUGAAAUACUGUUCUGUACUUUUUGAGAUGUCAGUGUGACCACCAGUAAAACCAUGUUUAGUUCUAACUUCAGUUCCAUUGUUGUAUCAGUGAUGAUGUUUUUUUACUCGCUGUGUUUAAAAUCACUGUAUUUUAAUAUUGUUCUAGUGUACAACUGUUGGGUAGUAGUUUGCUGGGUUGUUUCAACCCAAACUGCUCGGUUGUUUUACACAUUACUGGGUCAAAUAUAAACUGUUUUGGGUUAAUUUAACCCUCUGACUGGAUUUGUCUCUUUUUGACCCAACGCUGGGUUGGAAAUAACUCUACAUUUUUAGAUGCCUUGUAUUGGCAGGUUUAACUUUUUCGCUCUGUUUUAAUGUAAUUCUUUGUAUGGGAUGUGAAGUGUUUAUAAAUGUGCCGUGUUGUUGGCACUACACAUUAAGCCGUGUGUUAAUUAGUGUGUAUUCUAGUUACGUAAAUAAACUUAUGGGUAAAAGAAAAGAAAAGCUAUUUAUAACUUGAAUUGACCUUUACUUGAAUCGAAUGACCUAAUGGUUAUUCUGUACUUUUUGACCCAAAGUCAUUGCAAUACUAGUUCAAAUUAGUAUGUUUUGCCAUGUAACUUUUACAAGAGUAAGCCUGUUUUACCAGCACCUUAGUUGUGUAAGGAUUUAUCGAUUCAAAUCAUUCUUGUUUUAACUGUUUAUUGAUGAGACAUUGUGUGUUACAGCCUCAAAAGACAUUGUUCAAAUCUUGUUCCUUUGUGAUUGAAACAAUUACUUUGAAAUCUCAGUGGACUAAAACAUAGGCCUACACAUGGUUUAACUGGUAUCUUGGCGCAUAUUAAUAAUGUCAUAUUCAGUGCUUGCAAGUGAUUUCUCUCUUUAUAUAUGCAUUAUGCAGUAAGCACUUGCAUUUCCUUUCAAAGGUAGCCGUUGUUUCCUUGAAUGUGCACUAAAGAACAUCAUCCAACAGGGGGCGACCAUAUCACGAUAAACCACCUGAAAAGCUCCUUACACUAUGGUCCGGAAGGUGUUUUAAAUCUUACCUAAAUGUUAUUUUUUGCCACACGGCUUGCCUCAGCGAUUGUAACUUUAAUGACUGGCAUUCAAGCUAAUUGUUGUUAUAAGCAAUUACAGGAAAACAAACAGUAGUAAAAGUAUAAUGGCAACAUGUCCCUGCUCUCUUAUGUCCAGCCAUUCAUUUUGCUUAGAUCUACUGUAGAGAGAGAUUGACCAAUAUCAGUUAUCUGCACAAAUCUAUACAGAUUAUAGCUACAGUUGUUGUUGUUAUUGUUAUUUAUUCAUUUGCUUGUUUUGCUGUUUUAAUUCUUACAAGUUCAAAUAAUAUAUUUGCAAUAUGAGGUUAUUGUGGUCAAACAAAUUCAC